AGCCUCCUUUAACUCUGGCUGGGCUGCAUUAAGCUCCGUCGAAAUUCGGCGCGGGCGGGCCCUCGCGGGGCGGAGCUGGCUCGGGCGGGCGACUUUGGGAACUUUUGUUUGGCAGCGUUUGAGCUCCUGAUCAACGACAAACAGGGACGUCGAGCCAUUAUAGAUAGAUCUACAUAUCUAUUUUCUUUUUUUCCUCAAAACUGGGACGGAUUAGAGGAGAAAAUUGUCGGGAGAGGUGAAAAAAAAUUGCGUGCGGAGGAAGGAAAAAAAAGAAUCAAGAAUUGAGUCCUACAGAAUUGACUCGGGCGGGCGCCUUUGCGAACUUUUCUUUAGGAGUCAGUCAAAGAGAUAAUUGAGAAGUAACCAACUUAUAUCGGAGUUGGGGCGGAUUAGCGAAGGAGGAGAGGAAGAUUGAAGUGAUUGCGAUUGAUUGACAGGCGGCUUGGAGGAAAAAUUGCUCUGAAAGGAUUUCCGCGCGGCCGGGCGCGAGAAGGGGGAGAGAGAAAAAAAUCUUCAGUUUCUGCGGCCGGGCUACAUUGAGUCGCAUUAGAGGCGGAGUUCGGCGCGGGCGGGCUAGUUUGCGAAGUUUUGUUUUGAGCUGGGCUGAAGGAGAAAAAGAGAAGAAAGCGAAGGUUUCGGGGGAUGAAAGACGGCCAGCCGGGAGCGGAGGCUUGAGAGAAGCAGCCGAGGAGGGGGAGAGGAGGAGGAGCCCCGUCGCCCGCCAUGGAGGCCUCCGCAGCGGGGCAGACCCCUCCGCAAGCCUCGGCCCCGGAGAGCGGCGGCUCCGGGCAGCAGCAACAGCCGCCUCCGCCCCCGCCGCCUCCUCCGGCCGGACACCAGAUCGUCCACGUCCGGGGAGACUCGGAGACCGACCUGGAGGCCCUCUUCAACGCCGUCAUGAACCCCAAGGGCGCCAACGUGCCCCACACGCUGCCCAUGAGGCUCCGGAAGCUGCCGGACUCCUUCUUCAAGCCGCCAGAGCCCAAGGCCCACUCCAGACAGGCCAGCACAGAUGCAGGAACAGCAGGAGCCCUGACUCCCCAGCACAUCCGUGCUCACUCUUCUCCAGCCUCGCUGCAGUUGGGAACAGUUUCUCCAGGAGCACUGACCCCUUCCAGCGUAGUUCCUGUAGGCUCACCUUCUCAACACCUCCGCCAAUCAUCUUUUGAAAUACCCGAUGACGUGCCCUUACCACCUGGUUGGGAGAUGGCAAAGACACCUUCAGGCCAGAGAUAUUUUCUGAAUCACAUUGACCAGACAACAACAUGGCAGGAUCCAAGGAAGGCCCUCCUUUCCCAGAUGAGUGUUACAGCUCCCACAAGUCCUCCGGUGCAACAGAAUAUCAUGAAUUCAGCAACUGGCCCGCUCCCUGAUGGAUGGGAACAAGCCAUGACCCAGGAUGGAGAAAUUUACUACAUAAACCAUAAGAACAAGACUACAUCUUGGCUAGAUCCAAGGCUUGACCCACGCUUUGCUAUGAGCCAGAGAAUCAGCCAAAGCACUCCGGUGAAACCCCCUCCGCUGGCCCCCCAAAGUCCGCCUGGCGGGGUGCUGGGAGGUGGCAAUUCCAGUCAACAGCAGCAGAUGAGGCUGCAGCAGCUGCAGAUGGAAAAAGAAAGGUUGCGACUGAAGCAUCAAGAGCUGCUUCGGCAGGUGAGGCCGCAGGCAUUGCGGAAUAUCAAUCCCAGCACAGCAAACUCUCCAAAACGUCAGGAAUUGGCUCUCCGUAGUCAGCUUCCCAGUAUGGAUCAAGAUGGCUCUCAGAAUCCAGUAUCCUCUCCAGGGAUGUCUCAAGAACUGAGAACAAUGACCACAAAUAGUUCAGAUCCUUUUCUCAACAGUGGAACUUAUCAUUCGAGAGAUGAGAGUACAGACAGUGGCCUCAGCAUGAGCAGUUACAGUGUCCCCCGAACUCCAGACGACUUCCUCAACAGUGUGGAAGAAAUGGAUACAGGUGACACUAUCAACCAAAGCAACAUCCCUUCUCAUCAGAACCGUUUUCCAGACUACCUUGAAGCCAUUCCAGGGACUAACGUGGACCUUGGAACACUGGAAGGAGAUGCAAUGAAUAUAGAAGGAGAGGAACUCAUGCCAAGUCUACAAGAAGCUUUGAGCUCCGAUAUCCUUAAUGAUAUGGAGUCCGUGUUGGCAGCCACCAAGCUAGAUAAAGAAAGCUUUCUUACCUGGUUAUAGGGGCCUCAGGGAGAUGGAGUUUUUGAAGUCUUUGAAGGAUCUAAGGAGAUAAGACACGUACCUGAUGUUCAGAACAAGUCUGUGCGGCAAGGGCUUCUUGGCUUAAGAUCAUAGAGGAAAACACAUAAAUGAACAAAAUACUCCAGAUUCUUUUCAUCCCAUGUUUUUGUUCUUCCUUGUCCAAUCGCUGCUGUUAUACUGCUGACCUCUUUGACAUUUGACUCUGACAAAUUAGAUUAUUUGUUUUAGUAUCUUGUUUUGUUUUGUUUCGGCUGUUGCAACUACUGUUCACCAUAGUGGUAGUGGAGGAGGGGAGGAUGUGGUAGUGGGGAGAAAGAAAGUGGAAGGAGGGAGAGACCAGCCCCAUUAUGGGAUGAUGACUGCCAUUCCUUUUGUCUUGCUAGCUGUUUGCAUUUUGUUUUAUCGAAUAAUAUGAACCUUGCAUGUCCCCUCCUGUUGUUGACUCUGCUUGUUGUUUGCUGUGAUGCCCGUGGCAAGCGGCAAAAAUGACUUACUGGUCCAGCAAGCCAAAAAUGAUGUAUCUGAUGUAACAGAAGUCAAUACUGAUUUGGAGAUAAGAAUUAGAAGAUGUCUGAAAACUUUUUUUGCUGUUGGGCCCAAUUCACCAAAAAGGCAUGACGGCAAUUGUGUCAGCUAUUUGCUACUUUUCUCGGUUAACUUUUUCACAUUUUAUAACACUAUUAAGAAGUCAUUUUACACACCAACUCUAAGAACCUUGAUCAAUGCCUCUUCUGCUUAUAUUUCUCUUUGCAAAGUUUAGACUUUUUAAUUUUAGUACUAGAUUAGGACAAAAGUGUUAUUGGUUUUGUGUGUUUUGUUUUGUAUUUUUACAUAGUGAAAUCUAAAAUUUCCUGACUUCACCUAGUCUUAUUUAAGUCUGAAAUGGUUGACUUUUUAUAUACCUAACUAGCAUAGUCAACAAAUAUCUAUAGUUCUUGUGUUUUGCUUGUAAUUUCUUAAAAGAUAGCUUUGAAUGUAUUCUUUAAAUAUGCCUCCCGUGACCUGGUACCCUCCAGAUUUAUUGAACUACAACUCCCACAGUCCCAGUGAGAUCCCUUGGGGAUUGUGGGAGCUGUAGUCCAACAUGGCACCAAGUUGGGGAGAACUUCAUUAGACUAAAGGAUUGGCAACUUGAAGCAAAUAUUCCGUUAGGUCAAAGUUUGGAAGUUGUUAAUGCUUCCUAUUCGUAAAUACACUUAUUUGAAAGUUAAUCCCACUUUAUUUCAGAGGAACUGUAUUAAUCUAUGUGUUUUUAUAGGAUUUCCAAUUAGCCUUGUAUUAAAUGUAGCAAAUGAUAACAUGACAUCUCUUCAUCAAGGGACAGCUCUUGCCACAUUGAGAUGAAAUUGGUGGCUUGAGAUGGUGAAGUCCCCGAUGGAUGAAAAUGGAUGCUUUCUUGUAGUUUGUUAGAUGGCAUCAUCUGCUCUGCACUGUCUGUCAUCGGAGUUUACAAUCGAAACGAUGCGAACAUUCAAGUUAAGAUGCAUCAAAAGCAUACUGACAAGUUAAGCCGUGGUGCCUAUAGAAGACUGUAAAGAUAUGUGUUAGAUGGUGACCCAAGCAUGUAGUAGUAGUGUAUUUUAGUUAUAGACAUUAGCACUGAAGUUGGGGGAAUGAGGAGUACAUCUUGAGAUGGUUACUCAACAGGAAAUAAGAUUGUCCUCAAAGUUGUCUGUAGGAAUUAUGAUGUUUUCCAAAGAGUAUUUUUAAGUGAACAAAGUGAGCAUGAAUCAAUGUUACAGCAUAAGCUAUGAAUUAUGUUUUUUUAUUUUUUUAAAAUGACAUUAGCAUUAACAAGUAUCUUGGGAGGCUGUCAACAUUCUCUUUAAUAUUUUGUCCAAAUGUUCAGGGGUGGCAAUCUCGUCACUUUUCAAGCUAAAA